AUGCGUCGUUAUGUGGUCAAGGUUGAAGCGGCCUUGGAAUCCUCACACCUUUGGACACCCCCGUUGGCGUCGAUUAACAGGGAGCAACGAAGCCGUGUAAAAAGGGCCACUUUGGAGAAGAAAAUAAAUUAUAUUUUCAUCCACAGGUCAUCGCGACAGACAUGCCUUCACGUAUUUGUUGUUGAGCGUCCUACUAUGUUGCACCGUCUGGUAGAACUGACAAGCUACGCAGUCUUGUCGCUUAGGAGUGCUUACCCCCUGUUUUGCAUGUCGGUUGCUGGAAAGCUGAGGCGAUGGGUGGAGCGCGGGAAGGAGGACGCUACCUCGGCGACGACUGAGCUUCCGCCUCCGCCCAUGACUAACCACGGCCUUGAUAAAGUCGCGUCAAAAAGGCGCACCGUCGCGGAGCGUUACAGACUUCAGGAAAAUCUCCGCGUGUCGGGGACCGCAGAUGGCCACCUUGUGACCAACAGUCUGUUCCCGCAGAUGGGAAUGCUCGUGCCGCAGCUGCGUCACCACCAGGCUGAGGAUGACAGCCUUCUGCACUCGGGACCACCCAGCGCCAGCUCCGAGUGCAGCUCCGCCGACAGCAGCAGCUCCCCCUCAGCGCGCAGCAGCAGCAGCGGGCUGUCGCUGUCGAAUGGCGCUCAUGCCGCACUGGAGGACAGUAGCACUAGCAGCAGCACGAGCAGUAGUGCUAACAGUAGCCGAGCGGGGAGUGCCUGCGGCAGCACAGAAGACACCGCGUCCUCGCCUUCACAAGGUGCUGACGAUGAUACCGAUCUUCACGUCUUCAUGGCACUAGCUUCACCCUUCUCCCGAACGGAAACCGAGGCAGCAAGUCAUCAGCCGUACAAAAUAGCACCGCAACUGCCGUCCUGCGGAACCAAGCUGCUGCAGCUGUCCCAAACUUUGGAUGCGGAAGGCACCAAGGCCGCAGCCCGCGGUUAUUGCGAUGACGCUACCGCCAGCUCGGUGUCCAUAUUGUGCACCGUUGACUCCGCCGUCCUCGCAGCCGGUCAAUGCCAAGAGCAGAGCAUAGCUGGGGCCGCGCGGCUGGAAGUAUCACCUUCACCGCAACCAUCGGGUGGGCAGGCAGCAGCGGGGUGGAACAGCAGCUGUACGCUACACAACCUCGAGAACCUUCCUGCUGCACUCGGCCGCGAUGGCCCUGUUAUGUUAGGAUCCGACGCAGCAGCCGAUGCCGUGGGGUUUCAGGAUUUUGGCGGGCUUUCGGUCUCCGAGGGUGGUGCGGUGCUGAGCCGCAGCUCCUCCCUGGCAUUGUCGUUUGCGGAUCUGGUGCAUCCCGGUGCGGACUCGCUUCCGGAACCUGAAUCGGUGGAGAAGGACCCGGAUUUGCUAGUAGUGCUCAGCAAAGGAGAGCGGGACCGCGCAGCAGCUCAUGCAGGUGAUCGGUUAGAAAGCUCCCACCUCGGCCUAGGUGACGUCUUGCCACCGCUGCAGGACCAGCAGCAGCACCAGUUGCAGCAGGCAACGCGAGGACAAGGACAGAGGCAGGGGCGCUCUGAUGAUGUCCAUGACGAUGAUCCUUCGUUUAGCUUCGCGCCCUUCGUCUUUGCCAAAUCAUUAUCAUCAUCAACAGCAGCCAGUGGCGUCACGGAUUGCGCGAAUGCUGUUGCUUGCCGUUGGGCUAGUUGCAGCUGGGGAAAAGGUGGCAGCUCCGACACCCCCUGUGUACCCGGGUCGUUGUUGCCGUUGGAGUGCUGCUCCGGCGGCCAUACUCUCGUCAAGGCACCUGCGGCCCCGGCUGACGCGAUGGCGGAGUCCCACGCCGCCGCUCAAGGAUUUUCGGCAAUUGCAAUAACCAACCUCGCCAAGCAACAGGAACAGCAGCAGCAGCUACAGCUGAACCCUGACCUCGCCACUGACAUCCGCCAUGGCAGCUCGCUUUCGCCGUCGUUGCAGAAAUCAGAUGGAAACAGUAUAGAUCGUAAAGGUAAUAGGCGAGAUCCCAAGGCCCCCUGCGGCGGCUCGCAUAGUCGUGUGGUGGUGCCGCAAUGCGGUGGCGUCGCCGCCAGUACGGCGAAGGGGGUCGUUAUGGAUCUGACGGCGGUGGACUCGGCUGUACAGCUGCUAAAGCAGCUCAGCGGCGCUCUGCUGACCGCGAGGGCCAAGCCUGGAAAGCACGCAAACGCAACGUCGGCUUCCAAGGUCCACAAGGGCAGCGCCGGCGGCAGCAGGGCCAGUAACGAUAGCAACGCAGUGGAUUGCAACGCUGGGGCGGGUCCAGGGGGUUCGCAGCGCUGUUCACCGCCGGCUGCUGGAACCCUUGGCGCGUCCUUGGCGCAAGCAGCGGAAAAACUAGCUAGCCUCGGCCUGUUGCCCACGCCGCCAUCCAGUGUCAACGCUGCCGCCAGCCGGCCUACUACGGCCCCAGCUGUAAAAGCACCUUGUGGGGAUGCAGAGUUACAACCAGAAGCUAGCGUUGCAGCUUCGGGGUCUCUCUGCUCUCCUGCUAUUUCCGCCGCUGGCGCUGCAGCUAGUGUCCAUCGGGACGUCGCCGCGCCACUAGCAUUGGCCAUACCACCAUAUGAUUGUGGUGCAGAUGAUGUGUCGCCUGCAGUGAUGAGCGCCGGUGAAGUGCGGACUGGGCAGCAGCAGCAGCCGGCAGUGGCCCUUUACAAGGGAUCGCCCUCACGUGCUGCUGCCGGUGGUGGCUCGCGCUGCAAGGCGCUCCUCAGGCAGAUGCGUGCGGACUGGGCACGGGUGCAGGAGCAGGUCGGUAGCAUAAUGGCGGACUACUCGGCCCUGGGGAAGCUGGUGGCUGCUGUGGUGGCCAAGCAGGUAGUGCUUGAGCGGCGCUGCAGCGAGGUGGAGUCCGGCAAGGCGGCGCUGGCUCGGCAGCUGCAGCGGGAGCGGCAGCAGCGGGGAGCUGUGGAGCAUGAAUUGGAGCAGGAGCGUGCACAGCGGCAGUUGUUGGCGCAGCGCCUGGAGCAGGAACGUGAGCAACAUAGUUUGCUAAUGGUGCAGUUAAAGCGGGAGCAUCGAGAGGCGCUGGAACAGCAAAAUCUCAAGCACGAUCGCUGCUGUCAUGCUGCUGAUAGGGAGGAUUGGCCAAGUGGAGUGCAACAAGUUGAGGGCGAGGCAGAGUGUUCUGCGGGGGCCUUGAGGGUAGAGAUGGAUGAGCUGCUGCUGUGCCUCGGGCAGGAAAGCACCAAGGUAUCGCUGCUGGCGGAGGCGCUGCGGGCGGCGGGUGGGGAUCCCGAGCCCCUGAUAGAGCAGGUGGAGCUCGACUUUGUGGGUAGGGAACUGGUGGGCGGAUAG